AUGGUACCAAGACGAUUCUCUACUGAACCAGCAGACGCAAGCCCUUUGGGCCAGCCUCUCAAAUUCGAGUUCAGCGGUAAAACCGCCAAGAACCGAUUUAUGAAGGCUGCAAUGACGGAACGACUCUCAACCUGGGAUCCCAAAGUCCUUGAGAAGCGAGGCGUCCCUACUCCAGAACUUAUCAACGUCUAUCGACGAUGGGGCGAGGGAGAUUUCGGUGUCAUCCUGACUGGAAAUGUUAUGAUCGAGUAUGACCAGCUCGAGGCUGCUGGAAACCCUAUCGUACCCCGAGAUGCACCCGCGUCUGGCGAGCGGUUUGAAGCGUUUAAGGAAUUGGCAACUGUUAGCAAGAAGUAUGGAAGCUUGAUUGUUGCACAGGUCAGCCAUCCUGGACGCCAGGUCGCCGACAACAUUCAAAAGAACCCCAUUUCUGCUAGUGAUGUGCAAUUGGAGGGUGAGGUAAUGGGCAUGCACUUUGCCAAGCCCAAGGCCAUGGAUGAGCAAGACUUCAAGAAUGUUAUCGAGGGCUUUGCUCAUGCUGCCGAAUUCCUUUACAAGGCCGGUUAUGACGGCAUCCAAUUGCAUGGCGCACAUGGCUAUCUCUUGGCCCAAUUCCUUUCACCUACAACAAACAAGAGAACAGACAAGUACGGCGGUUCUAUCGAAAACCGAUCUCGCAUCAUCUUCGAGAUUGCUGAUGCUAUCCGUGCCCGCGUCCCCGAUAAGUCAUUCAGCCUUUCCAUCAAGGUCAACAGCGUCGAAUUCCAAGAAGGCGGCUUCUCCACCGACGACUGCAAGAGCCUUGCCUUCUCUCAUCGACGAGAGAGCUCGAAGAAGCAGGAGGCUUUCUUCCUCGAGUUUGCCGAGAAGAUUAUCCCCGAGCUUACCAAGACCAAGGCUUACGUUACCGGUGGCUUAAGGACAGUCAAAGCUAUGAAUGAGGCUCUUAAAACGGUUCAUGGUAUUGGCUUGGCGCGACCUGUGACUAAUGAGUUCGACUUGCCUGCCAAGAUCCUCAAAGGUGAGGCUACCAGCGCAAUCGACACUUUGCUCGACGAGCAGAACUUUGGUAUCACCAAUGUUGCUGCUGGCACACAAAUCCGACUGGUUGGCAAGGAUAAGCACCCUCUUGACUUGAGCCGAGAGGAUCAUAAGAGAAUUUUUGAAGAAUCUAUGCAGAAGUGGGGUGAGGGUAUGGCGCAUAAUGAUGAUCAGUCUAAGUAUGGAUAUGUUGAUAUUGAAGGAGUCAAGCUGGAGCCAUUUGGCCAAGCUUAUGGGGCGGCGUAA